CCCUGGUUUUCUCUCCCAGAAAACCAACUGUAUUGUGCUUUCAGCUAACCCUAGACCCUGUCCCCCUUUAUACCCCCCUCCAUUCCUCACCCACCAUCUCCUUCAUCAACAGAGAUGCCGAAUUUCACAUCUCUGUUUUCCUUUUACCUCUCAUCCUGUACAUUUCUACCGUUCUAGAACCAAAACCGUACCUGACCCUUUCUCUCUCUCUCUUCUCUCUCUCCUCUCUCUCUCUCUCAUCCUCUGUUUCCUCUGUUCUUCGUUUUUCCGUACUCAGGUACAGAUUACGGGUUUUCGACGACUUUUCCCCCCCUUUUUCUUAUCGGAAAAGUUCUGGCUCCGGUCUGGGAGGGUGAAUUUUCGAGUGUGAAUGGGGAUUGAGACGGCGCUGGCUAAUCGGAAAGGGAAGGAAUUCUGCGAAUUGCCGAAGGUGACGAAUUCCAAUAGCAAGACGAGGAAGAAUCGCCGGAGGUAUAAGAAGAUGUCGCCGGUGCAGAAGCUCUUUGAGAUGUGCAAGGAAGUCUUCACCGCCGGUGCCACCGGGGUUGUUCCCCCGCCGGAGGAUAUUCAACGGCUUCAGUCUGUUUUGGAUGUCAUGAAACCUGAAGAUGUUGGCUUGACUCCGGAGUUGCCCUAUUUCCGGGCAAAUGCAGGAAGCAGAACCCCAGCAAUUACUUACCUUCACCUCCAUGAGUGCGAAAAUUUCUCGAUGGGGAUAUUUUGCUUGCCGCCAUCAGGUGUCAUUCCGCUUCACAAUCACCCUGGAAUGACGGUUUUCAGCAAGCUCCUCUUUGGGACGAUGCACAUUAAGUCGUAUGACUGGGUGGUUGAUGUCCCCAGUAAUACAUCCGCCACCGUGAAUUCUUCUCAAGACACAACGACAUCUGAUGUUCGGUUGGCCAAAGUUAAGGUCGACUCCGACUUCACUGCGCCUUGCAAUGCAUCCAUCCUUUAUCCGGCCGACGGAGGCAACAUGCAUUGCUUUACGGCGGUGACAGCAUGCGCGGUGCUAGACGUUCUUGGUCCCCCUUACUCUGACCCAGAUGGUCGGCACUGCACAUACUACCAUGAUCGCCCAUUUUCAGAUUUUUCAGUUGAUGGAGUAGCAGUGCCUGAGGAGGAAAAGGAAAGUCAUGCAUGGCUUCAAGAGAGGGAGAUUCUACCCGAGGACCUAGCGGUAGUUGGAGCACCAUACAGAGGCCCAAAAAUAGUGAACUGAUGAUAAUAUAUCACACCUCUAUAUUAUCGUUUUUCCCCACCAUUAUAUCCAUGCAGUGACUGCUACCACCAUUUGGUGCAGUAGUCGAAGUUUUUUUAUUUUUUUGUCUUUAGUUUCUUUUUAUUUUUUUCUUUCUUUGUGGGACAUGUGCCGU